GAUGAGACACAGCAGACAAUCUUCUAGUAAUUUCAGUGGUAUAGUGCGAGUGUCUCAUGGUGAGAUUUGUCGGAAAACGUUCCAUCGUGAAAUGAAAGCUCGUGUAUGCGCUUUUUCAUGAUCCUAGAAUAACGGUGCCCAAAAUUGACAUCAUUGCAGUUAGACUCGAUGUAAAAACUCCUCUGCAGAACGCGGGGUUGGUGAUAAUCGUCUGUAACACAGCAGUCAAUGAUACUGUGAUUUGAUACUAUGCAGUUAAACCGAGCACGGUUUCGUUCCUGUUUAGUCCCCGGGCUCUUAAGUAGGUAAAAGUUCCGUGUUGUACGGCAUAGGUCAAGGUGUGGACUAACGGUAUCUCAGCGGCGUGGAAAGUCAGAAGAUCUUAACGGCAAUUAGCACCGGUAUCCAAUUUCAUCCAAGUGUUAUUCUGUCCGAUCUUGGCAGGAGGAGUCCCUCAGGGUAACAUAUAUGCAAGUUUCUUAUCCUCCUAUCCUCUCCCCCCUCGGGGGUUAGAACUAACAUAUAAGGACUCGUUGCAAAUCCGGCCAUUAUCCACUUCAAAAUCAACCACAGUUAAAGUUCUUAACACCAGCUCCCACCAACUCACCACGAAUCAAAACAUGAGGCUGUCCACGAAUAUCUUCUUCCUAUUGGCCGCUGCCUCAGCAGCCAUUGCUCUACCUCUGAGCAGUAAGUCUACCAACAACCAUCCUCUACAUGCCCCAGUUCUAACUCUUGCAAUAUUAGAGCGUAUCUACAUACCCGAAGAGACGCGUAUUGCCUCCGCGUAUGCCAAAUCAGAAGCACAGGUUGCCAAAGAAGGAGCAAGGCUCCUGGAACGUAUCUACAUCCCUGAAGAGACGCGUAUAGCUUCUGCAUAUGCGAAAUCCGAGGCUCAGGUCGCUAAGGAGGAGGGAAAGUUAAGACAACGUAUCUAUGUACCCGAAGAGACUCGAAUUGCUUCAGCUUAUGCAAAAUCUGAUGCUCAGGUGGCUAAGGAAGCGGCUAAAGAGAGAAUUUAAGCUCGAUUUGGCAGGUAUGAGGACGCAGUGGGUAGCUCAAGUUGUGGAAUUCUGAUUGAAAUCAUGUUUGGUGGUGAAGCGAAGGUUUUCCUUGCCAACUUGCUCUACGAGAUGAAAAUUUAGCUUAGGAUCUCGCGUAAAAUUACUACGUAUAAACUCAUAACCUGCCAUUCGUUAAUUUGUACCUCAUGAAUUAAUAUUGGAUCAUGCGUGCCAUUCUAUCCUACUCUAAGCUUAGCU